AUGUUCGAAGGUGGGAUGCCACAUCUGAGCAGUUGCCUACCUGAGGAAUUGACAUUCAUGAAAAAUGCUGAAAAGUUCCAUGAUCGUGCUUGGAAAGGUCUCGCUCGUCUUGUUGGGAAGCCGUGGAUGCAAAUUCUCACUAUAAUGGUCCUCAUUGUCUAUUGGACCGUGACGUAUUACGGUAUUUCUACCGUCGAGACAGAUCUUGCUGUUCAAAAGCUCGCCCCUCCUGAUGCACGCAUUGUUCAGUUCAAAACGCAUUACGACGAAGUUAUCAGGGUGCGCUUCACUAAUGAAUGA